ACUCCACCACCAGUUUGUUUUGCCCCUAUUUUUUUUUUCGAAGAAAAGGAAAGGAAAAAAAACAGGGUCCAUUUCUCGUUUCGGGAAGGGAGAGGGAGAAGGGGGCGACAAUGGUGACUGCGAUUUGUGGGAGAAUAGCUCUCUCACCCAAUCACGUCUUUAACCUUAAACCCGGUGACAAGAACUCUGUUUGUAGAGGACCAUGUGCCAGCCGUGGGAUUCUCAUGUCCAUAUCAGCAACAGUCUCAGGCAAAGGAGGAGGAGGAGGGAUAUUGGAGAAGCCCGUUAUCGAGAGAACCACUCCUGGUCGCGAAUCUGAGUUUGAUUUGAGGAAAUCAAAGAAAAUGGCACCACCUUAUCGUGUGAUACUGCACAAUGACAAUUACAAUAAACGUGAAUAUGUUGUUCAAGUUCUGAUGAAAGUUAUCCCCGGGAUGACCCUUGACAAUGCUGUUAACAUUAUGCAAGAAGCACACUACAAUGGCUUGUCAGUGGUGAUUAUUUGCACUCAGGCUGAUGCUGAAGAGCACUGCAUGCAGCUGAGGGGCAAUGGACUUCUGAGUUCAAUCGAACCUGCCAGCGGUGGAUGCUGAGGGCUGUCUUGAUGAAAUUACAUGGUUUCCUGUUAAAAGUGUCAUUAAAGCAAUAGAUGUAUAUAACAAAGCAGUGCCCAUAUUUAACGUAUCGGUCUCGUCCAUGUUCAGAUGCAAUUGGCAGGAUUCGCUAAUUUUGAAUAAAAAGAGACUGAUCUGCAGCUGUUACAUUAACUGCAAUCUGUGGUUGUCAUCCAUGUCGUAAACAGGAUGUUGUGCUGAACACACUAUUCCCCAAAGCUUUAUCACAUUUGAUUUUCUCGAACUA